AAAACAUCGCGUACACAAGCUCAACCAUGAGAACUUUGAUGAAAGUGGCUCUGUUAGCCCUCGUUGUUGCUACAGCCUGGGCCGGUGAAACCGAAAAGAAGGCCGAGAAGACCGAGGAGACGUCCAAGCAGAAGCGCGGCCUCUUCGGCUUGGGCUACGGUAGUUACGACGGUGGUUUCGACGGUGGCUACGGUGCUAGCUACGGAGGUGGCUACGAGGGCGCUCACGCCUUGGAUCACCACCAGCAAGUCCACACGGUCGUCAAGAACGUGGCUGUACCUUACCCGGUUGAGAAGCACAUCCCUUACCCAGUGGAGAAACACGUCGCUGUGCCCGUCAAGGUCCCAGUGCCACAACCCUACCCCGUGGAGAAGCACGUGCCAGUGCCCUACAAGGUCUACGUCAAGGUUCCAGUCCACGUACCAGCCCCAUACCCAGUCGAGAAGAGGGUUCACGUACCAGUCCAUGUUCCAGUCGACCGCCCAGUACCCGUCAAGGUCUACGUGCCACAACCCUACCCAGUGGAGAAACGCAUCCCGUACCCAGUGAAGGUCGGCGUUCCACAGCCCUACCCAGUUGAGAAGCACAUCCCAUACCCAGUCAAGGUUCCAGUUCACGUACCACAGCCCUACCCAGUGGAGAAACUCGUCCCGUACCCAGUCAAGGUUCACGUCGAUCGUCCAGUCGCCGUGCCAGUGCCCAAGCCAUACCCAGUCGAAGUUGAGAAGCCAGUGCCUUACCCAGUGGAGAAGCACAUCCCCUACCCAGUGAAGGUGCACGUAGACAGGCCAGUGCCCGUCCACGUCGACAGACCAGUACCAGUCCCGGUCAAGGUUCCAGUGCCAGCACCUUACCCAGUCGAGAAGCAGGUGCCCUACCCAGUAGAGCGACCAGUGCCCUACCCCGUCAAGGUGCCCGUCGACAGGCCCUACCCCGUCCACGUCGAGAAGCACGUGCCCUACCCAGUCGAGAAACCAGUCCCAUACCCCGUCAAGGUGCCCGUAGCCGUACCAGUCCACUCGCAGCCCAUCAAGCAGCACGGCUGGGAAGGAAACAACAACUACUACUAAACGGAAACCAAUCGAUAAUUGUAAAGCAUCGUA